UCGAGUUGGCGUAUCACACCCGCUGUCCGACACGUACUCGCAGCGCGGCCAGCCAAUAGAGCAGCCAAUAGACCGAGGAGCCUCGACGACGACAACAACGGCCGCCAGCGCCAGGCACGCGAGCAGCAUUGCCUGCACCCCUCGACCGCAGAACACGUGCCGUACAUGGCCGAACGAUUGGGCACCCGCAGCACGCACACCAUGGCCGACGCACGUCUCGACGACGCCCGCGAGGCUGGCAGCAAGCUGCUCAGCAAGGGCAGCCGCUGGCGAACCAAGUACUUUGCCAAAGACGAGCCCGCGCCCGACGAUCCGCCCAAGACGAAGCGCGCCGACACGUUCAAGCUCGACGACGACGUCAACGACUUCCUGCGGCCCAGCACCGACAAGGCCACCGCCCAGCAGCAGGCUGCCCAGGCCUUUCUCGCCGCGAAGCCCCGCAUCGAUGUCGCCCGGGCGCAGCGCUGGCCCGCCGCCCAUGACAUUCUCAGCAGCGCCGCCGCCCACACCAGGCGCCCUGGGCCGGGCGGCCUGCGGACGGGCACGCGCAAGCGGGGGCUGACGGUCACCUUCGCCCGCACGCCGCCCGCCGUCAUCGGCCACGGCGGCGACGAGUGCGAGGAGCCGUCGCUGGACGUGUCGCGCCGCAAGACGGCGGGGCAGCAGCAGCAGCAGCAGCAGAACCAGCAGCAGCAGCAGCAGCAGCACCAGCAGAACCAGCACCAGCAGAACCAGCACCAGCAAAAGGCCGCCGUCCAGGAUGACGCCCACGUCGCCGCCCGCACUCCGCAGUUCGACGCCAUGGCCCGCUCCGCCAGCCAGACCAGCCAGACGGCGCCCCCGCGCACCAGCUUCACCCGCACCUUGACCAGCCAGGGCGAGCUGUCGCCGCCGCUGCAGAAGAAGCUCGACAUGGGCCACAUCAACACGUACGCCCACCCGCCGCCGCCUGCCCAGCAGCGCACCGCGCCCAUGGGCUUGGCCGACCGCCCCAAGGUCCUCUCGCGCGCCCCGACCGGCUUCGACCUCGCCCAGGAUCCGCCCGCCGCCCGCCGGCCCAGCAAGGACUCGGCCUACUCGGCCUACUCGCAGGACUCGGACAACCCCUCGCCCGUCGCAGAGAGAAAGGCCCCCGUGCUGCCGCCCACCCAGGAAGAGGGCGGCGACUUCCGCCCGCGCGCCCUCACGCGCUCCCAGACGGGCUUCACCGACACCGUCGACGACUCGGACAGCUCCUCGCUCGAGCCCGUGCCGCGCCUGCCGGAGAGGCGCUUCGUCGAGCAGGAGGACGACUCCCCGCUCGAGUCCAGUGUGAUGGCGGCCGAGCGCUUCCUGCAGAGCGAGCCCGACGAUCCCAACUCCUUCUCCGCCAAAGUGAAGCACAAGAUGCGGGCCGAAGAGGGGCGAGCGCUGCACGAGGCACAGCGGCGUGCGGCCGAGGGAAGGCGGGAGUCAGACGCGAGCUCCCUGCAGUCAGACCCCUUCCAGGUCGGAACACCGCCGACCACCUACAGCGCCUUCACGGGCGGCAGGACACCGCCCUCGGCACCGCCCGUCCAGCCGUCGCAGCAGUCGCCGUCGCAGCAGUCGCCACCGCAGAGCCGUCCCAUGCAGCCGAAGCAGCCGUCGCCGCCAAGAGGACUGGACGCAGAGGACCCAUACCGCUCAAGAGCACGGGGACCGUCGCCAGGACGGCGGCCGAUGCCUCCAGGCACAUAUCCUCUGGACACAGACCCAGACACACGCCCACCACCAGACACGCGCCCACCACCAGACACGCGCUCACAGCCAGACACGCGCUCACCACCAGACACGCGCUCACAGCCAGACACACGCUCACCGCCAGACACACGCUCACCACCAGACACGCGCCCACCACCAGACACGCGCUCACCACCAGACACACGCUCACCGCCAGACACACGCCCACCACCAGGCAGAUCCGAACCAUUUCCAGCCACAACUGCUUCAUCUGACCAGCGAAUACCGCCCGCAACGGAAAAGACACCGGCCUCGGCUAAACCCCCUCAGUCUGCUGCAGACGAACUCCACUUGGAUACACCCUCCGCCCUACAGCCCGCCAAGCCCCCCAUGCAAGCACAGCCGCCGCCCCAGCCCAGGACACAAGGCUCCGUCUCGCAUCCGCAGAAGGCUUUGUCGCACUCGCAAGGUCCCCAAGGUUCCGUCUCACACCCCGCCGAGCCGGCUUUCACGAUUCGGCCAAGGCAGGAUAUCAGCAUGAGAUUGGGAGGCUCGCUUGCUCGUUCAGACACGAGGAUGCUUGGCGAUGCUGCGUUCAAGGACUUUGCGGAGCGCGUCGUGCACAUGAACGGCAUUUUCGCGUUGACCGCACAGCUUGGCGGCAACAUGCACGACCGCUCACCGUCGCAGUGGGCUCGAGUGGCGACUUGGUGGUUCUUGAAGGGCCGCGCUGGAAUGGAGAACCUGAUCAGGAGUCGGCCCAAGACCGCCGAGCCGCAGCAGGAACGCCUCACGCAGCCGCACGUCGAUCUGGCCAAAGCUCUGUGGGUUUGUGCCGACGUUCUGCCUGGACACCCUGCAUUGGCGCAGUACGCUGGCCAGCCAGAAGAUGCAAAGGCGGAUGUCGCCAGACAGGCUGGUGAUGUUGCGGCUACCGAGGCUUUCGAGAUCAAGGGCGCCAUCUUCCACUACAUGAAGCUCCUGACGGGCUCGAUGAAGAAACACCAGAGCAUGCCCCCGACCGCAGCUCUUAUUCAGGGUCAGAACCAGAACAUCUGGGAAGAGUACCCCCGAUUCGACCCAAUUGCUGGCAGUGUACUUUCGGGCGUCAAAUACAGGCACGCCAAGAACGGGGCGCACCCGCAGCAGCACAGCCUGUCGCAAUAUCUGCCACUAACUGACACAAAGAAUGAGUUUUGCUAUUUCAGAAUGUUCGCCACGGCUACCAUGUCGACCGACGACCCCAACACCGACCGAACGGCCAUGUCCGUCGCCAUCACAGUGCUGCGUGCCAAGGAGGAGUAUUCGACCAGACUUGCCAUCUGCAGCCAGAACGAAGACCUCAACCUGAUGGUAGGCCUCAACCCUGCGGCCGGGCCGACGUGGAAGGACAUUAGCUGGAAGAAGCAGUCGCGUCAGCUCUGCCUCCAGUUGCAGCAUGGCUUUGUCCUGAACCUCGAACUGAACGAGGGUGACUGGCGCAAUCUGUGGGCCAUUGUUGAUCACACCAACCGUGUCGAGUCAAGCAUGCGGGCGCGAGCCAACGAGAACUUUUCCUGCAAGCUCUACCUGCGGGAAGCAAGCUACAAAGACCCGGCAAACCCAGCAGCAUUCCCGUCCGAACGUGUGCACGCGUGCAAGCUGAUGGUUUUUGAGAAGUUUGAGCGCAGCAGCGAAGGCACAGGGAAGCGGAAACUGCAUCGCGGCUACCGGCUGGUGCUUGUCACCGCCCAGAAGAACAAGCAGCUGAGCUUUGUCGAGCACGAACUCGGCACAAAGCAGGAACCCAUGAACUUUGAGUACGUCACCGAGAACGACCAGUCACCCGCUCUCAGACUGCACUUUCGUGAAGGCGCUGCCGAACAGAGACCGAGAGUAUGCACGGUGCAUCUCGUCUUCCAAGAUGCAAACGACCGCAACAGUCUCUUCGGCACGUUUACGUCUAUGAAUAUUGCGCAUGGCGAGAUGACGUUCGCCCAAGUGCCGCUCAAGUCUUUCACUAUUGAGAGCGCAGACCAGGCAGAUGCUUUCAGCGCUUCUGGAAGCCGCGUGCUUGAGAAGCUGCAGUGGCAGGAAGCGAAGACGGUGAACCAGGAUCCCGAAGUUGCCGGCCUAGAAGCUGCACCAACGGUCAUGAGCGAGAGCCUGAGAAUCGUGUGUCGGCACAGCACGGGCAUCAUCUCGGACCGCAUGAAUCUAGGACCUGGCGAGAUUCUCGUCCGACUGCCCACCGAUGGCGCCACAGACCUCACGCUCCUCCGCAAUCCCCAGCAAGACAUGGCUGUAGCGGUGGACAGCAGCCGCGCCGAACCAGGCGUUCCCGACGCGCUGGCCGAGCUCCUGCGCACGUUGACCAACGCUUCCACCAUCCGGCGCCUCGCUUUCAACUCGUUCAAAGACCUGCACGCCUUCCAGCUCGCCGUGACCGGCUUCGAGGUCAAAUUCGACGGCAUUGCAAGCACAUUCUCCAUCUCCCGCCGGCGCAUGGUAGUCCCCAUCUACAAGCAAUGGACGGCCAACACGAUCCGGCUGCAAAUCGUGCACCAGGACAACGUGAUCCAACUGCUUGCCUUCUUUGAGGACUUCUCGCACGCCGACGCCAUGAAUUUCCGCCUCAGCAGCAUGGACACGUUUGAGAAGAAGGACAGCGGCGGCAAGUUCGGGCUGAAGCUCGUCGACGCCAAGUUCGCGCUGCCCGUCGACCAGCGCCGCGGCGAGGGCAAGAUGCAGAAAGCAGAGGGCCGCAUCGCGGGCUGGACAGGCACAAAGAGACGCUUCGUGUGUCUCGACGAAAUCGAGUAUCCCGGCGAGCACGACGACAUCCUGAUCAUGUUCGACACGGCAGAAGCCCGCGACCGCUUCGCCGACGCCCUCCCCGCCGCCACCAUGGAGCGCAAAUUCACCGUCCGCCGCAAAAUAUGAGCUCGCGCGCCACCCCAAACCCGCGUCUCGACACCUCUUUCCCAAUUCCAUUCACAACC